CUUUGCAGGUUUCAAAACCUGGAGAAUUUCAUCUUUGCCAGUAAGCUCUAGAUCAGCCAGGAAUGAACUCUAUGUGGUGUAGGGAAGCUUUUCUUCAGUCAGAAACAGAUAUAAGACUUUUGAUGCUAGCUUCUGACUGUAGACUCUAUGCUGUUGCCAGUGCUUUUCUUUGCAACUGAGUGUAGAUGGUUCUGUCUCAGCCAAUUAUGGACGAGAAUGAUGAGAGCCAGUCCGUCAAUCAGGAUGUGAGGGUGAAGGAGGAGAACAUGGAUGGUGAUGACCCAAAUCACCAAGCUGCUCAACAACACCAGCCUAUGUCUCUGCAGUGCCCUGGCAUCUCUAGUUAUAAUGGGAUGGAAGGCAUCAAAGCAGAGGCAUCUCACAUGCAUGGAAUGAUGCACUCCCCUCAUCCCAAUGGCCAGCCACAACGGCAACCCAGAAACAUGUAUGAAACACAGCAGCGCUACCUACCCGAUCCGCACAUGUAUGCAACUCAGCACAUGCACAUGGGUGGUGCUGCUUCUCCCAUGCAACAUGGAACCCCACCUAUGCAUCCAUCACCUAUGCAAGAGCAUUCAUCUAUGUAUCAAGGGCAGAUGGGUAGCCCUUACAGCCCAUAUGUGUACAGUGGGCAGACUAUGCAACCUCAACCUGGCCAUUCUGACCAGGGAAUGUAUGGCAUGCAAGGACCUGAACAUUCUGGCAUGCCACAACCAUACAUGGGCAUGAAAACAGAACCCAAUGAUCCAUAUAACUUUGUGGAAGAGGAAGGUGGACAGGAUCAUAGAACAACUCCAAUUGACUUCCAGUCCAUGGGUAUCAAGCCUGAAACCCCAAUGCCAAAGAAGAGAGGGAGGAAGAAGAAAUUGAGACCUGAGAUGAUGAAUGGGAUGCCUCCGGAUGGGAUGGACUUCUCUUUUCAAGGGUAUGAGGAUCUACCACCAACACCUAGUCAAACCUCAGGGGAAAUAGGUGCACCAAAGCCCAGGAAAAAAUGGGAUCGCUUUAAUGGUAUGAGUGUGGAGGACGUGAAGCAGAGGACACUCCCUGAUCACCUAGCACCCAACCUUGAUAUCAUUAUUGUUGGCAUUAAUCCAGGGCUGUUUGCCGCUUAUAAGGGUCACCACUAUGCUGGCCCUGGGAACCACUUCUGGAAAUGCAUGUACCUCUCUGGCCUGAUUCCUGAGCCAAUGACUGCAGAUGAUGACUAUCGCCUCAUUGGCUAUGGCAUUGGGUUCACCAACAUGGUUGCCCGUCCCACCAAAGGCUCUCAGGACCUCUCCCGAAGAGAAAUGAAAGAAGGUGGAUUGUUGCUCACAGACAAGAUCAGGAAAUUCAAGCCAAAGAUUGUUGUGUUCAAUGGGAAAGGGAUCUAUGAAGUGUACUCUGGGAAGAAGGAGUUCACAUUUGGGAAGCAGCCCGAAACAGUGGAUGGGACGAAUACUAUCAUCUGGGUGAUGCCAUCCUCAAGUGCACGCUGUGCUCAGCUUCCCAGAGCAUCUGAUAAGGUCCCAUACUACAUGGCUCUAAAGAAGCUGCGUGACUACCUCAAUGGCCACCUGAAGGAGUUGGAUGAGAGUGAAGUGGUUUUCCCCGAUGUCAAGAUGCUUGAGGGCGGUAUCAAAAAGGAGGUGAAGCAGGAGAAUGAAGGUGGAGAACCCAAACCACCACCUGCCCCUCCAGUUCCUGUGUAUGAUCCUGCAACAGGGACCUAUGUCUUCAAGAAGAAGCGGGGUCGGCCCCGCAAGAUACGACCGGAGGAGCUCGCCAACCUCCCGCUUCCACCACCACCACCUCCUCCUCCUCCAAUGCCUGAGCAGCACAGCAUCCCCACUCCUGAAGAAGAUGGCGUUGUUGUGAAAAAGCGACGUGGGCGACCUCCCAAGAAACUCCAGCUGCAGUCAAACCACCAACAAUCAGUGCAGGGUUCAAGUGACUCAGUGGCUCAGAUGGACUCAGAGCGGAACUUCCUCUGCUCCCCUCAUCCAGGGGGCUCAUCUCAAUCACAGCAGUAUUCUGGGAAUUAUUCCCCAUAUGACUGCCAUGCAAAUCACAAUCCUGACCCACCGUACCAGAGUUCCACGUCGAUGGCUGUGGACUUGAGGUCAGGAAGCCCUGGAGAUGACAAUACCGUCAAUCCAGCAGAUGAUGUAGGCAAGCAAUACGAGAAGGGAACGCCCCCUUCAGCACUGGACCUCAGCGGUCAAGAAUACAAAGAUUCGUCUGUGCCUCCAAUGUCCCUGGAUAAUCAAAAUCUUUCCUCAGGCACAGAUGCGGAGAACAGUGGGAGUUCACCAAAUCAGACCUUGGACCAGUUACCUCCUCCACAACCCACCGAUGAAGACAAGUACUCUCACCUGGAUGCCGCACUCCCCGAGUCUUCUCCACUGCCACCGUCGCCAAGUCUUGGCCCGGCUGACUUUUCCCCUCCAGCCCAUCUCCCAACUGAGAAGUCUGACAAUUCUCUACAUAGUGGCGGAGAAGAACCAACUGAAAACAAGGAUGACUGUCAGUCAAACUUUGGUGGAGAUGCAGCAGCAGCAGCAGCAGCAACAAGAAUGUACACUGACUAUCACUCCAACAACUAUGGUCCAUCAUCAUCUGAUGGAAGCUAUGUUGCCGCUGGUGACCAGAACCAUGUCGAUUACUGUAAGGAUGAGCGGCCGCAGGACAUGUCUUCUAAAAGCUUGUCAGGACUGGAAUCCCUGGUUGACCAGAUCCCAAGCCUGGCCAAUGGUGAGGCCGGUGACGGUGCUCCAAAUUAUGCUUCUCCUAUGGACAACAAUCAGGGUUUCUCCAUCUCAUCUCUGGCGCACAGCAGCGUGGCAGCACAUUCCAGCCCCGAGUCAGGGUUUCUGCACAGUUCGUACUCUGUGUCGAAUUUAGCUUCGAGCAGCAGUCCUCCGAUGCGUGGUGCUUACUCGUCGUCUCCAAGCCCAUACUCGACAUUCAUCGCCCCAACAGCAGGGUUCAUGGGUGCUCCAAUGGGGAUGACUCUUGGAGGGAUGGGCAUGACUCCAUAUGGUUACAGCCAGUAUUCAAGCGGCUCCUAUUCCACUCCUGCCGGUUCCUUUCCCUAUGCAUCUCCGGCUAGUCUCCACGUUCCUAGUCCUCAUUAUCCCUAUGCUAACCCCUACUCUAACAACCCCUAUCAACCAGGCUAUCAGGGAUUCGGCAGCUUUUGACCGAUCCAAAAUGAGUUGCCAACAACCCCAGUGUCGAUGCCGGUUCCUCCCUCCGAGUGGUGCAGUAUGCAUCCCUCCUCAAGAAUCUCAAACGUUUUCAUAUCAAGUACAAACCAGAAUGGUUUGAGAUGCAAGGUGACGACUUAGCAUGUGCACAAUGAACGAUCGGCCAGCUGCUCUUGUCGGUCGAACGAUAUCGUAGGGAAUCUACUGUAUCGUCUCUUCUCUCUCUUAGUCUCCUGAUUGACCCCAAGAGAAACGAAUUCCACGAGUCCUGAGGACAAACGGGUGUUUUAGGUCAGAGAUAUAACAUGAGAAAUGAGAUUUAUAAAUAUUUUUCCUUUUGUUUGAGACUGUGCAUGAAUGUAUUUCUUUGUCCUUUUUUUGGGUUUGUGAUUUUCACGAUGGUUGCGGAUUUCUUAGAGCCUUGAAUUUUCAAGCAGUGUUUACAAAUGGCUUGCCACUUGAUUCUUUUCUAUUUCUUGUGUCUGCACUGCAAAAGAUUUCCCACGGAUCGCAAUAACGGUUCCCGACAUUUUGGACCCCUCAGGGUUCUUGAUUGAGUUUGAGCAGAGAUUGAGUUUUCUGGCUCCAAAAUGCCGGGAUUCCCGCCUCAGAAAUGCCAAAGCUGUUGAAGUUGCUGUUCCGCUCGGCCGUCCCUGCCGCACGCAGCUCCCAUAGGGCAGCGACGGCCGAAGAAGCAUUGUCUAGUCUCGCUCUCCCGCUUGUAUAGCCAUAGCCAAGGGCAAAGAGAGACAGAAGCCGAAGCUAGCUAUUUGUUGUUCCUCAUGGAUAUUCCUCUCUUGUCCCUGUUGAGUCUUUAUGAGUGGGUUGAAUGCAUGGAUGUGAUCAUCAUGGCUCCUCUUUCUGUGCACUUUCGCUGCCAAACAGGGUACUUCAUCAAUCAUUGAGCGUCUGAGUGCUUGAGAACGACAGGAAAGACAAUGUUUGUUUUCCUCUUCUUCCCUGGGCUCCUCGAUACCGGUAUAUCAAACUCGCCUAGUGCCAAAUAGUGUUUUGCCAGUGUGCAUUUCCAUUUGCGAGGAAGAACAUCGUUUUUAGGAGCUUUUUUUCACUUGGGGAGGGGCAGCAAAGUCCGAUGGUCCUCGUCUAGGUAGCGCUCUAGUCUGCUUGAUAGCAGCAAUCAUUUUGACCACCUUAGCCAAAAAAUAUAUACAUAAACCAGACUACCUCAUUCUCAUCACUUCAAUCUUUUUCCCCCCUUUUUUUGUGAGAUCAUGUUGGCAUU